GUUUCUGGCCGUCUGGUAGGAACAUCUCUCUGUUCCUAUCCAGGGUAGCCCAGUCUUACCCAGAGUGCACAAAUGGCAUCAGGGGCCCUGCAGAGGGAUAGGGGCUGGGGGAUUCUGGGUUUUGUCUUCAAGCAUAGAAGCUGACUCACUUCCUCAAGUCCCCUCCACUCCUCCACCCCCAACACUGUCAAUGGUUAACUUGUCCCAGCUCAGAAGGGGCCUGGUUCAGUCUGGACAAGGCCCUUGGAACAGUUCAUGGAACUCAGCUAGGGUGGUGGGGCCUGUCCUAGGUGGCCACAUGCCCACCAGGGUGCUGGCUGUCAUAGGCAGGGUGGGGGGUGGUGGCAGGCUAUCCUGUGAGGCCCUUUGUGGGCUCCAAAGCUGUGCAAACAGCGGAGAUGUAGCUAACUCACGUCCUCAGGGGUUGAUUUCUAUCAUCCCAUGGAUUGCAGGGCCCCAGGGCGAGGGCCCAGCCCUCAGUUUGGCCAGCUAAGGGCCCUGCGCACGCAGACCGCGUGGCCCCACCACAUGUCACCAAAUGCUGGGUCUGCUUGAAAACCCAAGGACACCCCCUGCCCCCCGUUUCCUCUGACCUUCUGUGAUUAGGCGUGGGCAUGUGGCUAAAGCCCCACCCUUGGCUCGGGGAACGCCAUGACCGAAGUGGGCUGGUGGAAGCUGACCUUCUUGCGGAAAAAGAAAUCCACACCCAAGGUGCUCUAUGAGAUCCCCGACACCUAUGCCCAAACAGAGGGCAGCGCAGAGCCCCCUGGGCCCGAGGGCGGAGGCCCCGACGGCAACUUUAACACCCGCCUGGAGAAGAUUGUGGACAAGAACACAAAGGGCAAGCAUGUCAAAGUCUCCAAUUCGGGCCGCUUCAAGGAGAAGAAGAAAGUCCGAGCCACGUUGGCAGAGAACCCCAACCUCUUUGAUGACAGGGAAGACAAAGGACAGUGAAGGGGGCCAAGGAGGAUGCUAGCACCUCCCCACUCCUGCCGUCAGCCGGAUCUGAGACAGGAGCUUGCCACGCUGGCCUCCUUGGCCACAGCUGAAGCCGUGGGGGCAGUUGAUGCCUGCUGGCAGGAAAUGUCUGGUUUUAGGUUUGUAUUUAUAUACCCCAGCUUUCUGGAAGGCCUGGGAGAUCCCAGGGUACUCCCACGUCCCCCAGCACAUACAGAAGCACUCCAGUCCGAGGAUGAGAGCCCCACCCAGGAAGGACGGCCCUCCUCGCUGUGGCGGUGCCAGCAGGGAGGUGGGCAUGGCAAGAAAUGGAGAGAGGGAGCGGACAGACUUCACUUCCUCCAGGGGCACAGGGUCAAGGGUGAGUUUCAGUUGCUCCCUCUACCUUCUCUACCUGUAACUGUUCGCUGGACCAAUUCUGAGAGUGAAUUUUCCAGAAGCCACAUGAUGGGGUGGUUUCCUGGAGCUGGAGGAGGUGGAGACCCUGAACUUGAGCUCACUUUCCAUCACAAGAGGGAAGCUUCCUGGAACUUGGUGCCCAGGUGUGCGGGGAGAGAAGGACGCUGGGUGGUGCUGCAGAAGGCCAGGCGAGGGACCCCAUGGCUCUCUGCACACAUCCUCAAAGGGCGCUGCACUCGGGGAGGGGGUAGGGAGUGUUGGUUGGUAGGAGCUAAGAGCAGCUAACUCUCUUCUCCCCUUCUCCUACUAGUAUUUAAGAGGGACAGGCCCCAGAGAUGAGUCCUGGAGCCUUGAAUUUUGCUUAAAAAAAUAAUUGUAGGUUUCUCUUUGUAAUAAACGAUGAUGCAAAAGCA